GUUAUCAAUAGUGUAACUGCGGUGUGGUGCAGCGCGGCGCUUCCAAGUGCGAUGCGACUGGUGCAUGUUUAUUGAAUAUUGCUAGAGUCGUUUGAAUUCUUAACCGGGUCAACCUGCCUCCGAUACCCCCUCCCUCCAGCCUCCUCCGUGCCAUCCCCUCCCCCCUCCCUCCGGGCACACUCUACUCCUACCCUUCUCACGGCGCUCGCUUCUCCGGCCGCGGCGAGGGGGUUGAAAUCGUGAUCUUUUCAUAAUUGCUACACACCUUGAUUUGUCGUCCUCCGUGUCGUGAUCAUUCCGUUCUUGUUUACUUUCGACCACGCCGGCCGGGCGGAAGCCGUUCUUCUUUCCCUCCGACAACGGGACCGGAUUUUGUGGGAUCAGCAUCCACGUGUCGCCAGAUCCUUUACAAGUGCCUUUAUCAUCGCUUACCAUCUUCAUUUUUUUUACACGUGCUUUUGAGGAAAACAUUUAUCGUGCGGUUCUGAUGUUCGAUGUUCUGUUUAUCGCAAAUGGUGUUAUUUUCGGUUUUCGGUUGUGAAAUCACUGAUGAUUACUGUGCGGUGUGAUUCGAAAGAUUUUACGAAAUUCGACCAUCCAGGGAUAGAAUCCAGGACACUUAAGUGACAUCUUCUACCAGCUAACUCCGUUUUUGUGGAUUUCCGCUCGAUGCAGUGACCAUACGUCCCUAGAAUCAAUAUUUUUGUUUGGAUUCCACAAUUUCUCCUACGAGAUGAACCAACAAUGUAAGGUGUGCGGCGAGCCGGCUGCAGGAUUUCAUUUUGGCGCUUUCACUUGUGAGGGUUGCAAGUCGUUCUUCGGUCGCUCGUACAACAACCUAAACGCCAUCUCAGAAUGCAAGAACAACGGCGGCUGCGUCAUCAACAAGAAGAACCGGACCUCCUGCAAAGCCUGCCGGCUGCGCAAGUGCAUGUCCGUCGGCAUGAGCAAGAGCGGCUCCCGCUACGGGCGCAGGUCCAACUGGUUCAAGAUCCACUGCCUCCUCCAGGAGCAGCAGCAGCAGAGCAUGAGCAACAACAACAAUAACAACAACACAAUCAGCAAAGGCGACACCACUGUAGAAGAGCCGGACCGGAAGCAACUCCUGUCCUCGAGCAUGUUCCAACAGAACAUGUUGGACCCGCGGCUCCACAUGCACCUGGCCGCGGCGGCGAUGCACCGCUUCACCAGGGAGGAAUCCAUGCUCGGCCUGGACGAGUACAAGAACGCCUCCCUUACUUCCGGGUCCUCGCCGUCGAUGAGCUCACCCGACUCUCACGCCUCCGAUUCGUCGGCGGAGACGACGGACUAUAAGUUCAGGCGGAGCCUCAUCUCGCCCGUCACCAAGGCCACCCUCCCGAGUAGAGUCCCCGAGCUUGGGUUCCCUAUUUUCCCGUCUUUCUACCCGACGUCCUUCGCCAGCCACCCAAACAUCAACCUCAUCCACUUCCCACCGCCCUUCUUCUCCCACUCCAACUCCUCCCCCUUCAAACCCACCUUCGACACGGACCCCGACGAGAGUAAGAGGAAGCGGGAAAGGCAUGAAGUCACCGAUCCUAAGAGUGUGUAUACGAAGAGGAGAAUCUCCACGGAACUGGAUGUCGAGGAGAUGGACCAAGAUGAGGACACGUCUGCAACGCUUGUUGACUACCACCAGGAGCAGCCCAUCGACCUGACGACGAAUCGCGGUGGCAGCCGUAGCGGCUCCGACUGCGGGUCGGUCGCUAGUUUUAGGCAAGGCUCCGUGCCGAGCCCGCAGAGCGAUAUCAACGUCGAUGAGUUUGUCGAUGACGACAAUUUGAACAACAACGAGAAAAAGCACCCGCUCGACCUCACCGUUCGAUCAUGAGAACGAGUUCUUAGAUUUCUCAUUGAAAAUUACAGUGUUGUCACCGGUGGAAAUGGACGAGUUUUUUCUGAUACUAACGUUGAAGUUUUGCUCAAUUUAUGCUUACUUUCAAAAAACGAGCUAGAGCUUUUACCAAAACUGUAACUCGCAUUCGCGAAUCCAGCAAAUUGGCAACAUUGUUUUUUCCCCCAUUUAAACCUAUGGAAAUGUAUAGAUUCUUGAAGGGGUCAGGUACUCCUACAAGAAUCGAUUAUUGAAUAUAGGUUUAAAUAGAGGAAAUCCGAUGUUGCCAACUUGCUGGAUCCGUCUCUGUGAACUGAAGUUUUAAUAUUCCCCCUACUUUACAAAUCAAGUACGAUAAGCUUCCACCUUGAAAUAACUAACAUAUCAACUGCAUCGAACCAAAAUCAAAUUGAAAUCAAAUCUGUACAGAAUUUCUAUUUCCACGCGUUCUAUGCCCAGUUAAAUCCUUGUUGUAUAGUUAGAAAUUUUAUACAAAAAGUUGAUUCUCAGUAGAUGAUUCUACCGGUUAGUCAUUUGUAAGCAAUCAUUCCUUGGAAUUGUUUAAAACAAUAUCCUCUUAGUGACGAUUUGUAAGCUCCUUUCGAGGAGAAACAUUGAAAUAUUCUUUUAUCUUCUGUUCUGUCCUUUUCAUUUUCUUAUUUUGUGUCAAUUUUUCUAUAUGAGUGACUGUUUAAGCGCUUACUGCAUCACCUACUGCAUCAAGUAUGCGAUACGAAGUAGAAAGUAGAAAAAUGUUAACUACUUGAAUAGAUAGCUUAAGGGUACACUUGGCAUUUUCCAAUGCAUUUACAGGUCGGAGACGAAUUUAUUUUUUAUUCCUCGUAAAUUCAAUUUUUCAUGUAGCGUUAUAUUUAAACUAGUGAAAGUGACUUACCUUCUAGUGAGUUAGUGUAUAUCUAUAACGUAGAUUAAAAAUGCAUGAAGUACGUUCUUUUUUGAUCUCGUUUACUAGUUGAGGAUGUUAUUUAAAGAAGUGCUAGACACACUUCGAGGACUUGUACAAAUAAUCAUUUCUUGAAUUGUAAAAGUCUAAAAGUCGUCCAUGUUCAUUUCUGAUGAAAAUCAAUUAAAUUAAAAGUAUUUUAUUAGAAUAAUAUGAAUGACCACCUAUCAUGGUUUGCUAUUUUGGUUUGAGUCUGAAUGACAGGUCAUGACAAUGAUCCAAUAUAUUUAAUUAAAGUAUAUUGUAUUUGUAAAUAUGUAUAUAAAAUAUUAUGUUUUUAAUAUAAACCAUGGGGCCGAAUUUUAUCGAUAAUACUUCACCGAAGUUUAGCAUGUAUACGUUUGCGAGUCAAAACAGCACCACCGGCCAAUCAGAGGCGCUGAGGCGGACUCUAGAUAGUUCGUGAUCCGUCUUAAGCAUAUUUACAUUGUAAUUGUAUAUAUUGUAGGUAGUCCAAUUUUUUCGACAAAAUUUGGCCCCAAGGCUUUGGAAAAAGCACAGGUAACUAGUCAAACCACAAGUUAGAAUUAUUUUAGUUAUUAAAUUGAAAGUUUAUUUAGUGCAAUUGGGUAAAAUAUGAUUCUUGAUAGUUAAAGUUACGAUACAGAAAGUUGCAAAAGCACGUAUAAAAGUAUUUGCUAAAAGAACGUAUUUUAUAUACUUAGAUUCGUCCAAAUAAAUAAACCAAAUGAUUUAGAUGCAAAAAAAUGGUUGCUGAGACGAUGUUGAAAUGUGUCAUCCGAAGUUACUUCGAUUUCUUUUUAUUCAUCUGAAAUGUCAAUUAGUUUCUAGAUGUAGUCAAAAAUUGUGAAUAAUGCCAUUGCCAUGAGUAUUAAAUAUGUGUGUGACCCGCCUUACUUUUGAUAUUUCUGCAAAAAUGACAUAGGGAAGUUCAGAUUAACGUUUAUGAAAGUGUUCCAUUUUUUUCAAUCUCCUUAGUUUUGAUGAAAUGAUCAAUUAGUUUUUCGUGUACCUAUUUGGACCAAAUCAUUGAAAAUAAUGUCUUAACUGUGAUUAAAUAUCUGUAUUACGGGAUACCUACAAGUAUUUGUAUCCACAUCGUACGUGAAUAUACUUAAAUAUUAUCAUCAAUUUUUGAGUCCUCCCAUGAUAUUUUUUUAGUGCGAUUGAAAGUUUAUUUUUCUCCUUAGAAAUCACUUAAAAUUAGCAAAAUCAUUUGAAAUUAAUGUAAAAUGAUACGUGAGUUAACACUGCACUUUUUUUUCCAAAUAAGUGCUUCUGUGAAUUUUUCAUUGAAAAUCUUCUUAUUUGUCUUGUAUUCCCCGAAUAUUACGUAAAAAAAUGUUGGUUCUAAAAACAUACAAGGCAUCGCUGGAAACGUAAAAAAGGCCCUUGGUGUACACAAUUGCCAAAAAUUAUGUGCUUGAAAUCAAAAGGAAGAUUAUGAGCGUAAAAUUAUCAGUCUUGAAGUAUUAUCCCUUGUGGUAGGUUGCACUUUCUGUAUGUUACGUGUAUUCACAAAUGAGAUCUUUGCAUUACUUUAAAUAAAUUUGUUUUGUUAAAA